CGAGCCCACAACAGCCCGACCUGCAGUCCUGCCCUCCGCUACACGGCGACCAGCGAGCGCCGCCGGCAGCCGAGCGCACCAGCCAGCAGCGCCUGAGCUUUCCCCGCGCCAUGUUUCAGGCCGCAGAGUUCGCCCAGGACUGGGCCAUGGAGCUUCCCCGGGACGCGCUCAAGAAGGAGCGGGUGCUGGACGACCGCCACGACAGCGGCCUGGACUCCAUGAAGGACGAGGAAUACGAACAGAUGGUGAAGGAACUGAAAGAGAUCCGUCUCGAGCCGCAGGAGGCGCCGCGGGGCGCGGAGCCCUGGAAACAGCAGCUCACCGAGGACGGAGACUCGUUCUUGCACUUGGCCAUCAUCCACGAAGAGAAAGCACUGACCAUGGAAGUGGUCCGCCAAGUAAAGGGAGACCUGGCUUUUAUCAACGUCCAGAAUAACCUGCAGCAGACUCCACUUCACUUGGCUGUGAUCACCAACCAGCCAGAAAUUGCUGAGGCACUCCUGGAAGCUGGCUCUGAUCCUGAGCUCCGAGACUUUCGAGGAAAUACCCCUCUACACCUUGCGUGUGAGCAGGGCUGCCUGGCCAGUGUGGGAGUUCUGACGCAGGCCUGUGGCGCCCAGCACCUCCAGUCCAUCCUGCAGGCCACCAACUACAACGGCCACACAUGUCUGCAUUUAGCCUCUAUCCACGGCUACCUGGGCAUUGUGGAGCUUUUGGUGUCCUUGGGUGCUGAUGUCAAUGCUCAGGAACCCUGUAAUGGCCGAACUGCACUCCAUCUCGCCGUGGACUUGCAAAAUCCCGACCUGGUGUCCCUGCUGUUGAAGUGUGGGGCUGAUGUCAACAGAGUCACCUACCAGGGCUACUCCCCGUACCAACUCACCUGGGGCCGCCCAAGCACUUGGAUACAGCAGCAGCUGGGCCAGCUGACCCUAGCAAACCUUCAGAGGCUGCCAGAGAGUGAGGAUGAGGAGAGCUAUGACACGGAGUCAGAGUUCACGGAGGACGAGCUGCCCUAUGAUGACUGUGUGCUUGGAGGCCAGCGUGUGACGUUAUGAGCUUUCAAAAAUGACUGAAAGAACAUGGACUUGUAUAUGUGUAAAAAAAAAAAAAAUUUAUUUUUCUAAAAAAAGGAAAAAAGAAAAAAAAAAUCAAAAGGGUGCAUUCACAACCACACUGUGCACUGCCUGACCAGAGAGACAUUUGACUGGUGGAUUGGCUGUCAUCUUGUGAUCUUUGUGAACUUUGGAAGGGGGACAAGAAAGGUCAUUGGAGUUUUUUUAAGCUUCACCUUUAUGAGGCUUUUGAAGAAAGGUAUCCAGAGUUUAAUGUAAGGACUAUGUUUAAUUUAUUGUGCUUUUCAAUUGGCCCACCAUGGACUUGAUGGCUGAGAGCCACUUGUGGCCUGUGACUAGUAACAGUCAGGUGUGUUGUUAAAGCUUUCAGUGGUUUUACCCUCUUGUAAAUGGUGUACAUGUGUAUUUUGUUGGUAAUUAUUUUGUUACUUUAAGAUGUAUAUUUAUUAAACAGAUUUUUACAGAUU